AUGCGGCCAGCAGGGCCCCGAGCUGUCGUGAGCGCCCUGGAGCCGGAACUGCUCUCCGCUGUCGGCACCUUCGACCCUGCUUACGCCAGCCCCUGCUGGCAGCGAGAGGGCCACAGUCUGGGCUGCCUCCCAGCAUUCUACAUCCUGUCGCCCCAUCAAGCGGGCGGCAAGAGCCUCUACGCAGCAAUCACAGGCCACCCGCAAGUUGUGUCGGCUCACAAUCCCCACACACAGUUCUGGAGUGGCGAGCACAUGACCAUGCCCGAGUACGCGGCCGCCUUUGACGCGUCCGCAGCCAGGGCUGCCGCCGAUCCCCGGCUGCUGAUCGGUGACGCCAGCGAGCAGACGCUCACCUACUACUACGCGCAAAACAUGCGCGGCCACCGCCGCUGGAGCGCGGUCGUGCCGGCCUGCUUCGACGGCUGCGCACGGAACCACACAGACCAGGCGGCGCCGGCGUUCGUUGAGUGCGCGGAGGAGUGCUGGCGGCGCGGCGAGCGGGCGCAUGCAGAGCACGCGCGCGCCGUCGGCGCCCCGGGCCGCGAGGCCCUGAAGGUGCCUCUGAUGAUGCGCGCCGCCUACAAGGCGUCCCCGCCGCGGCUCGUGGUGCUGCUGCGUGAACCCACGGAGCGGCUGCACAGCGCCUUCUACGAGUACGGGCAGUACAGGGACAGGUAUGGGGACUCCCCAGAGGGCGAGAUCAAGUUUGUGGAGGACCAGGUUGGGGCGCUGGAGCGCUGCGCCAGGAAGCAGAUCACGAAAGACAGGGGCAAAGCCGGCGCCAGGCAGAGCGACGGUGACGGCGCCGGCGGGCCGAUGCUGCCGGCGGAGCGGCGCUGCGCUCUCGUGUUCGAGUCGCUGGGAUACGAGGAGGAGCGCGUUUUCUUCCACUGUGAUCAGGUGUUGCGGGGCCUCUACGCGCUCUACCUAGAGCAGUGGCUGGCCCUCUGGCCACGCGACAGGGUGCUGCUGCUGCUCUCAGAGGACUGGUUCCAACGGCCCAGGCAGACGCUGGCCCGCGUGACCUCCUUCCUCGGACUGCCCGGGGAUGUGGCGGCGGACGACGCGCUCUGGCGGCGGCUGAGGGCGGCGGAGGUGAUUUGA